AUGUCUCAGGAAGCAUUAUUAAUUGAUUUGAUUCAGAACUUUCCGUACUUGUACGACAAAAGCAAGAAGGAGUAUAAGAAUAAUAAUAUUCGCAACAAUGCGUGGGACAUCGCCGCAGCAUUGACCACCUCUGUUGAGGAUAUUCAGCGAGUAUGGAGGAAUCUGCGGGAGAGGUAUGACAAAGAAAGGAAACAGAUCCGAAAUAUGCCAUCAGGGUCAGGGGCCCCUGAUUCGGUGUGGCUCCUCUAUGAUCUAAUGCGGUUUAUGGAUAAACACAUGUUGUCCAGAAAACGAGUUUCAAAUUUGGGGCGGUUGUCUUCAUCGUCAAGUGGCACAGAGCCACUUGUGUCCCCACUGUCAUCUCAAAACAUAUGGGACACGCCGAUAGAAGUGUAUGAAGAUGACGAGGCAGGUAAUGACGAGACAGGUACAGCACCUCAUGCCGAAGCAACAGCUGCUACGGCAUCAAGUCAAGCCACCACACCGCAACCAGGACCGUCAACCUCCAAAGGAGUAAAGAGGAAGUUGACCACCUCAAAGAAUGCCGUUGAUGAUACAUUAACAUUAUUACAAAAUUACAUUAAAGAAAAAUCAGUGGUGGAUAAAAAUUUAAGUUUUGGACAAUAUGUCGGGCUAACAUUAGCCGACAUGCCACUGCGCGAACAAAAUCACAAAAAAUUGAAAAUUGUAGAGAUUUUAAAUGAAACUUAUAACGAAUAA